CGUGACUCUGCCUUAACGCAUCCCUCUCCCCGCAAUCCUGUAUCGCAUCUCCAUCUCGCCGCAUCCUACCACGGAUCCUACAAUGCCCAAACAUCUCGAUCCCUCGGUCCUCGGAACAAAAUCUUAUUGGGACGCCACCUACAACCAAGAACUCAGCAAUUUCACAUCGAAUGCAGAAGACGAAGGCACAAUAUGGUUUUCAGACGCUGGCGCUGAGGAGAGGGUGCUCUCAUUUCUAGAAACUCUCGCGGAGGAGGGGGAACUACACAAGAGCGUAUGCGAGGAAGAAGAUGGAAACGAAAAGACAGCAACCAGAUUCCUUGAUCUCGGGACAGGAAACGGUCACCUCCUUUUCUCCCUCCGAGGAGAUGACUGGGAAGGAGGAAUGAUAGGAAUCGACUACUCACCCCAAAGCAUCCAACUCGCCUAUGAAAUCAGCCAAAAGAAAUACCCCGAGGACCAGGCCAUGCAAUUCCAUGAAUGGGACAUUCUUACGCAACCACCCGGUCCCUGGCUCCACGAUGGCUUUGAUGUUGUUCUCGAUAAGGGAACGUUCGACGCUAUUUGUCUCUCUCAAGACGCCGACACACAGGGACGAAGAAUUUGCGAGGGGUAUCGAGAGAAAGUAGAGAGUCUAGUGAAAAGCGGAGGGCGGUUUCUAAUCACAAGUUGCAAUUGGACAGCUGAAGAGCUAAGAGGGUGGUUCGAGGACAAGGGUGGAGAAUUGGUGUAUGAGGAUGCGGUAAAGUAUCCCAGUUUUACAUUUGGCGGGAAGACGGGGAGCAAAGUGUCCACAUUGUGUUUUAAGAGAAGGGUUUGAUAGCGCAUUCGGUCAAUUUGUUUCGACGAUGGGAGUAUCUACGCAGAUCUCACUCUAUCUUCAAAUCGAGAAUUACAAUACGACAGAGGACACAAUUCGU